ACCUUACACACGACAUAGUCCAUAUCCAGACACAUUAUAUACAGACAAACUCAAUCAUCAAAAUGCCUUCAAGCACAAGAAUUAUGGCACCUCAGAUCAAGAAGACAGGAAGGAAAAUCAAAGCCAGAAAUACUCCUGCUGAAAAACUUCCAAUUUAUGAGCCGAACAUCCCAGAGCCGACGUCCCGAGAUGAGCUGCUCAAAUACUGGCUCAACAUUUCAUUGGAUGAAAGAACUGCCAACAAAGUGCUGUGGUUGACCGAGGGCGGGGCUAAAGUGUCCCGUAUGACAGAUGAGGUGUGUCCUUACCUGGACAGGCCAGAGAGAUUUGACCACAGUCCUCAGGUGCUGUGUAAGGAGUCUAUCUGGGCGUCGCGCUGUUAUUGGGAGGUGCUGUACUCCGGCUGGGUGGUUAUAGGAGCAGCAUAUGAGAGUGCUGGGAGGAAGGCAGGCGAUGGUCCUUGUGGCCUCGGGGAGAACGAGGAGUCGUGGGGUUUGGGUUGGGCUGGAUCCUGCUAUGAAGCCUGGCAUAAAGGAACCAGCAGCAGGGUGUCAGACGUGCCUCAGUGCUGCACUAUAGGGGUGUAUGUGGAUCAGCCCGCGGGUCUGCUCUGUUUCUACACCGUGGAGACAGAUGAAGAUUCAAAGAAAAAAGAAGUCAAACUUCUUCACAGGUUUAAAAAUCCUAUAAAGGAGACAGUUCUGCCAGGUUUCUGGGUGGGAAGACAGUCCUCUUGCUUAAUACUCAAGAAAGAGGAAUGAGGUAGAGACAAGUAAUACCGUGGCUUGUAUUUUAUUUUACACUGUAAAACCUCUUAUUAUGACUUUAUAUUUGAAAUGACUGUUUCUGUUUGAAAUUAAGAUACUGUUUGAAAUCUGUUUUUCAUUAUAUAGUCUACUAAUGCC